GGGUGGCCGGGGGUGCCUGCUGCCCUCAGCCUCUGAGAGGAAGAUGGUCCCAGAUUGGGGCACCUGGAGCAGACAGCCCAGAACUGAAAUCUAGAGGUUGGCAGCAAACCAGGGCAGAGGGGCUUUCCAGCUAAGUGGGAAAGAGCUAGGAGCUCUAGUAGGUAUUUAUUUAUCCCACUGGCACCAUAUAGCGUCAGACGGUUUACAUUAGUCAUUUCAUCUAAUUCUCCCAGCAACCCUGUGAGCUAAGCCAUAUGCCCCGCCCGUUGCACCGAUGAGAACAUUUCGGCUCAGAAUCGCUCCAUCAGGGUCACCCAAUAGGGUGUGACCGGGCUUGGUUUCGAGUUCAGGUGGAUGGGGCUCCAACCUGCAGGUCCUUUCAGUGGCCUCUCUACUUUCAUUUUCUGUUCCUCUGAGUCAGUUAAUUUCCUCUAGGCCUCAGGAAAGAGCUGUGUGUCUUGCUUGGAUUUCCACAUUCUCAGGCUUGGGGAGAGUUUGGCAGAACUCACUUAUGUGAGAUACCAGUGUGCCCAGGUUGUAGUAAGUCAGGAAAUGUCCGUCCCACAGCUUCCCCUCCAACCUUGGUCUUCACUGUAGCCAGAGAGCCACAGAUGAUACUGGAACUAGGACUUGGAGUAGCAGAUGCUUCUGGUUGGGGUAAAGGAGCUGGAGGAUCUUCAGAAGGAGCUUCCCCCGUACCUGUGCGACCUGUCCAGCAGUGACGCGGAUGUCCUGGUGUGGCACGCACUCCUCCUGCCCGAGAAGCCGCCGUACAACCUCAGGGCCUUCAGACUGUGCAUCAGCUUCCCCAAGGAGUAUCCGUUAUUCCCCCCCACGGUGACGUUCCUAACCAAGAUCUACCACCCUAACGUGGACGUCAGCGGCCAGGUGUGCCUACCCAUCAUCAGCAAUGACAACUGGAAGCCUUAUACCAAGGCCUACCAAGUCUUGGAAGCCCUCAACGUGCUGGUGAAUAAGCUGGACCUGGAGGAGCCCCUGCGUCUGGAGCUUGCUGACCUGCUAACACAGGACCCAGAGCAGUUCAACAGGAGAGCCGAAGAGUUCACCCUUAAGUUUGGAGAGCAGCGGCCCUCCUAACUUUAGUUCUGUCCCUCUGCAACAGACCCUGUCGGCCUGAUGGACAGACACACUUUAUGGACUGGGACCAGAGCUCUUGAUUGCCCAUUUUCUGCUCAGUUUUUCUGUUUUCUUCCUUCUUAGGUUGUUAGUCGUUAGUUGUGUGUGUGGUAGGUGUGGACCCAGUUCUAGGUUCACCUGGCCACAGAUGUGCUUUCCCUCUCCCUUUCUGUGCUCCAGAGCCAGGCAGUUUAGUUUCACAGAGUCACAGGCCAGAUCUCACUGGUGGCUCCAUCUUAGGGGUCACCUUCCAGGCCAGCUCGCAGGAGGUGAGCCCAGCAGCCAACCAGAAUCGUAGGGGCAGGAGGCAGAGCACAUGGAACGGAGUGAUUUGCAGUUGGGUGAUUUGUUGAUUACACGUGUAGAUUUAGGGGCUAAACCUGUUCUUUUCUACUGAUGAAUCACUAAGUUGGGUAGGGAAUGUCCAGCCCUCGAAAUCAUUUGGUCUGGCCCUGCCUAAGAGAAGCAGUUCCAGCCAUCAUGUUAGGGGUGAGUUAAUUAAA